CUCUUGCUGACCGAGGACGUUCCUCUUUUUCCGCAGAGCUGCUCUGCCUGUCGUGGGGACAAAACGUGAACGCUUGAGCUGCCAACCUGUUCAACCUUCCAUCUCGAGUUAGUACGGAUCGAUCAUGGGCGGUGGAGUGUCAAAGCCCGCGGUGACUAGAUCUUUGAGGAGUGCAAGAGCCAGUAUCACCUCACCCCGCGGUGCAAGCAGCCACGUAGACAAGGCCAGACCGGCAAGUGAUGGUCGUCGUGAAUCCACCAAGCAGCCUACAUCGAUUGACGCCCGUAUCAUCGCCACACUACGUCAACUCAACCUCACUCGACGUGCAGACCCUAAGAAAGGUCGAGCCAUGCACUUCGAGCGCAUCGUUCUCCAGUUCGCCUUGGUCAGAGACGCCUUCACUACUCUCCGCAGCAUCUAUCGGCAAUUUGCCAACGCUGAAAAAGAUGGACUGGACUUCGAGGGCCUCAAGGCGGCGCUCAAUGCCAUGGGCGCUCAUAUCAAAGAGACUGACGUGUCGGAGAUUUUCUACGAGUCCGACAUGGUGCGGGACAACUCGCUGAGCCAGAACGAGUUCGUCGUAUCGCUUGCCAUCGCACAUUUGCUGGGUCUUAUCACCAAUUUUGACUCCAUCAAAGACUCCGUUGUGCACGCUCCCGAGGACGUGACGUUAGUUACUCCUCCGGACGAGCCAGCCGAACAAGGGAACGCGUCGAAACUCAUCGCCAAAGCUCUGGAUCUCAUGGUCACCGCGUAUCUGCUCUUCGACAACGACGCCAGCGGCACCAUCCAAACGAGUGAAGUACUGGAGCAAAUGCGGCAAAACCCGACAGGUCCAAACUCGCCAAGACGCCUGGAACGCAUGGAAAGUAGUUUUUCAUCCAAAGCCAUACGAGACGAGCGGAUAAAGGAGCUGGACUUCGACCAAGACGGCACCAUUACGUUCCAGGAAUUCGUACUCACCUUCCAACGCUGGGCUGGCUCGGACGAUGACGACGAAUAGACUCCAACUGUGUGCGUACCAGACCCAGCACAAAAGAAUAACAAUAUUUUUUUCAUGCAGACAAACCGUCCA